AUGCAGGUGUCUCUUCAUAACAGGGUAAAGACCUACAAUCUCACUGCGGGGAAGUCACUACCAGAGUGGAUCAGCGAGCGUAAGAAAAACAAGCGCCUUGCAGGUGGAGAGCACCGAAUUGAACUCAUCCAUGACCUCGAGUUUCCACAUUUUGCCCGCACGAUAUUCCGCACCGCCAACGGGACGCAUUUGUUUGUCUCUGGGGAUUACCCUCCACGGCUGAAAUGCUUUGAUGUGAAUCAGCUAAGCAUGAAAUACAGUUUUAAUGCCGACAUGCCAAUUCUUGGCGGGGUUUCACUUUCACCUGACUUCCGCAAGUUUGCGCUGCGAGGGGAAGGACGACAAAUUACUGUGCAUCACUCUGCGGCAAUUAUAGAUCGUGUCAGAGUACCGCACACAAUGCGAUCUCUUGCGUACCAUCCGUACACUGCUGAACUUCUUUCAGGUGGCACAUCCCACGAGAUUUUCCGUUUGAGUCUCGAGACGGGUGCCUUUGUUGAAAGCUACAAGACACAGUCUGCCCCUGGUAUCAACCAUGUGGAAGUCUUUAAGAAUCAUGGACUUAUUAUGUGUGCCGGUGCAGAUGGUGUUGUGGAGGCUUGGGACAGUCGCGCUGGUUCAUGCGCGUCACGUUUGACUGUUACUGGACCUGGUGCAUUGUCUGGCAUUGAUGAGAACUGUGAGCUUCGUCAUAUAGCAACAGACGACGAAAGUGGACUGCUAUUUAGCUGCGGUACAGAGUCUGGGCAUGUCCUAUUAUAUGAUAUUCGGUUACAGAAACCUCUUAUUGUGAAGGAUCAUAUGAAUGCCUUGCCCAUUGUGAAGACUUACUUCUUCCAAGGCCGCAGCACCUCGACAGGUGGGGCCUCACACAUCCUUUCCGCGGAUACCCGAUCGUUGAAGGUCUGGAACAAAAAAGAUGGCAGCAACUUCACGAGCAUCGAGGCGCCUGCCGACAUUACGGACUUUUGUGUGCUGCGUAGUCAACAUAACAUGGCCGAACCGUAUGAGUGCAGCGACAGCGGUGUUGUUUGCAUCUGCUGUGAUGCGCCACGUGUUCAGGUUCAUUUUAUUCCACAGCUUGGCGUCGCUCCCCAAUGGGCAUCAUUCCUUGAGGUUCUCACAGAAGAACUUGAGGAAAAGGAGAUGACAACCGUAUAUGAUGACUACACCUUUGUCCCAAAAAGCGAAAUGGAUGCACUUGGAAUGACCGCUGAGGAUCUUGCAGGUGGGAAGGUGCGGCCUGCCAUGCACGGUGCCUUCAUUGAGAAUCGUCUGUACCGUGAGUUGAAGGCCGUUAUUGAUCCCGGCGAAUUCAACCGCUACGUCCAGGAGAAUGCGAGGCGCAAGCUGCAACAACGUUGGGAGAAUCGCAUCAGUAAGUUCAAACGCUUUUCUAACGGUGAUGAUGAUGGUAUUGCCCAUGCCGUCCAUGGUGACAACGAUGAUGACAAUGCCAUGAACGGAGUGGGCGCAAAGUGCCAAGCGCUGGCGGCUGCAAGGGCGGACCCGCGGUUCCAAAAGGCUUUUGUUGGCAACAGUGCGUCGUCCUUUGCCCUCGACGCGUCCAACCCGGAGUAUGCAAAACUGUUGCAGAUCAUCAACGAGCGCCGUGCCCAGGCGAGUCGGCGUCGUCAGCGGUACGAGUCGGAACUCUUCACCAUCGUCCCGGACGCGGAGAGCGACGGUGGCAACGACGAGGAGGGGAAUAGGCGGAAUGGCAAUAGCGAUGACAUCAACGGCAGUGGCGAUGAUGAUGAUGACGCAAGACGGCAUCUGAAGGGUGUGCAAAGUAGCGGCAAGCAGCAGCGACGGCGGCAGCGGCCAUGCACGCAGAACGACGCGAAGGAAGCGGAUGGCAAUCUUCACGACAGCAAUGGCAAGAAGGAGAAUAAGCGGCAGGUGACACUGUAUGAGGUCAAGAAGGGAAGUCGCGUAUCAUUCACAAGUCACGACAAGGCAAUUCAUGCGUCCCGCAAGCGACAGCGCAUGGAGAAAUUUCCGCUAGAAGAACGUCUUCGACGGAUGUCUGCCAAACAAUAA